ACACCGCACCCACACCACACGCAAGCUCCAAACAUGACUUGGGCGAACCUUAUGCUUAACACCACACUUUCACCUCUCAUUCCCCUUUACCACACUCUCUCAUCUCUUCCCAUUGCCCCAAAACGCGCAAGAGAUAAACUAGUCCUAUUUUCUUCUUCUUCCUCUCUUCCCUCUUUCUCCGUCUCCGCUGUGUCCACCAAGGAAGACACCGCGCAUGUCAUAACCCAAGACACCUUCGAUUUCAAGGCCUACAUGCUCCACAAGGCCAACACAGUCAACCAAGCCCUCGACGCAGCCAUUGCGCUCAGAGAUCCGGAGAAGAUCCACCAAGCCAUGCGCUACUCCCUCCUCGCCGGCGGCAAGAGGGUCCGCCCGCUCCUCUGCAUCGCCGCCUGCGAGCUCGUCGGGGGGGCCGAGGAGACCGCCAUCCCCGCCGCCUGCGCGGUGGAGAUGAUCCACACCAUGUCGCUCAUCCACGACGACCUCCCCUGCAUGGACAACGACGACCUCCGCCGCGGCAAGCCCACCAACCACAAGGUCUUCGGCGAGGACGUGGCGGUCCUGGCCGGCGACGCGCUCCUGGCCUUCGCCUUCGAGCACGUGGCGGUGGCCACGAAAGGGGUGGCGGCGGCGCGUGUGGUUCGCGCGGUUGGGGAGCUGGCGAAAUCCAUCGGCGGGGAAGGGCUUGUGGCGGGACAAGUGGUGGAUAUAGAUUCGGAAGGGGUAUCGAAUGUGGGGUUGGAGAGGUUGGAGUUCAUUCACCUUCACAAAACGGCGGCGUUGCUGGAGGCGGCGGUUGUGCUGGGGGCCAUCAUGGGAGGUGGAACGGAGGAGGAGGUUGAGAAGUUAAGGAAGUUCGCGAGGAGCAUUGGCUUGCUGUUUCAGGUUGUUGAUGACAUUCUGGAUGUGACGAAAUCGUCGGAGGAAUUGGGGAAAACGGCGGGGAAGGACUUGGUGGCGGAUAAGGUGACGUAUCCUAAGCUUUUGGGGAUACACGAGUCUAAGGAGUUUGCGGAUAAGUUGAUUGAGGACGCCAAGGAGCAAUUGGCAGGCUUCGAUCCUCUUAAGGCUGCUCCCUUGUUUGCUUUAACCAAUUACAUUGCUUACAGGCAAAAUUAAUUAAUGCUUGCUCUUGCUCUUGCUGAGUAUCUCUAUCUCCACACUUCGGAUACCUCAUUUUCUCACUCGCCAUUUCUUUUCAUCUCAUCUCAUCUCUCAUGCGCUCCUCCAUUUCUUUUCAGCUCUACUGUCCGGUCAUUUGUAAUAAAAAUAAGUUUCUUUUUUCUUUUUAACUUAUCUUUGCUUGCCUUUUUCUCUUAUUUGCUUUCCCAUUUCUGGACGGGGAAACUCCCUCCUCAAUCCUCAUACUUUUUUUUUUCUCCUCAUCGAGACUUUUGCCAUGAAUAUAUGAAUUACGUAUUCCACUUCUA